CAAGUUUUGGUCUUCAGGGUCAACGAUCUCUGACUCUCUAAUGCCCGUCCCUGCUUUCUUCCCUCCCAUUGUACUUUUCUCCUAUCCCAGCAAUGGUGGAAAUCCGAAAACUCGGCAUUGCUUUAUCGAAUCAAUCGGCAAACAAGUGAUAAGGAGAAGGAGAGAUCUGCGUGAUUCUAGAUAUGAGCAAGCUUAGAUUUGUCAAUAGUCUCCUAAUUUCGACGGCGAUCUGCUUUUUCCUUCCGUCGAUCGCCGCUAGAGGUGGCCACUCCGACUAUAUCCACCCAGGUGAUGGGAAUUCUAGUUUUCAUGGUACUGCGAGGAACUUAUUUGCUCAAGAAGAGACUCGACCGAGUUUGGAAUUAACUCGAGGUUAUAUGACUAAUGAUGAUCUUGAGAAAGCAAUGAAGGAUUUCACCAAGAGAUGUAGUAAGAUUUCGAGAUUAUACAGCAUCGGAAAGAGUGUCAAUGGAUUUCCUUUGUGGGUCAUAGAGAUUUCAGACAGACCUGGAGAGAUAGAGGCUGAACCUGCAUUCAAGUACAUUGGGAAUGUACAUGGAGAUGAACCUGUAGGGCGUGAGCUCUUAUUACGUCUUGCUAACUGGAUUUGUGAUAACUAUAAUAAGGAUCCAUUGGCUCAGAUGAUUGUAGAAAAUGUUCACCUUCACAUAAUGCCAUCAUUGAAUCCAGAUGGCUUUUCAAUCAGGAAACGUAAUAAUGCAAACAAUGUGGAUCUAAAUCGCGACUUCCCUGACCAGUUCUUCUCCUUUAAUGAAGACUUGAGUUUGAGGCAACCUGAAACUAUGGCAGUUAUGACUUGGCUGAGAGAUAUACGAUUCACAGCGUCAGCUACUCUGCACGGGGGUGCGCUGGUCGCAAAUUUUCCAUGGGAUGGUACAGAGGAUAAGAGGAAAUACUAUUAUGCAUGUCCUGAUGAUGAGACAUUCCGGUUCUUGGCACGUAUAUAUAGCAAAUCUCACCGUAAUAUGUCUUUGAGCAAAGAAUUUGAGGAAGGAAUCACGAAUGGAGCAUCCUGGUACCCAAUUUAUGGUGGCAUGCAAGACUGGAAUUACAUACAUGGAGGAUGCUUUGAAUUGACUCUGGAAAUAAGCGACAACAAGUGGCCUAGAGCCUCAGAGCUUCCCACUAUUUGGGAUUACAAUAGAAAGAGCAUGCUGAAUCUUGUUGCAAGCCUAGUGAAGACAGGAGUUCAUGGCAGGAUCUUUUCAUUAGACCAGGGAAAGCCACUGCCUGGGCUUGUUGUCGUCAAGGGAAUUAACUAUACGGUUAAAGCUCAUCAAAGGUACGCAGACUAUCAUCGGUUGCUUGCACCUGGUCAGAAAUAUGAAGUCACAGCGUCAUCCCCAGGAUACAAAUCGAAAACCACAACUGUUUGGUUAGGUGAAAACGCUGUUACCGCUGAUUUCAUUCUCAUCCCAGAAACAAGUUCCCGAGGCAAUCUGCUGAGAAGCAGCUGCGACUGUAGCUGUAAAAGCUGCGGUCAGCCACUUCUAACGCAGUUUUUCACAGAGACAAAUAAUGGAAUCACAAUCACCCUUUUCGUGGUUGUAGUGUUCUUGUGUUUUUUGUUGCAAAGAAGGGUGAGGUUUAACCUAUGGAAGCAAAGACAAUCCUCUAGAAGAUCAAUAACAGUAUGAUUUAUAGGUAUAAUAACACGUCUUUAUAGUAUACUCUAAUAAAGCAAAACCAAAAUACGAACACUUGAGCCCAUUUUUCGAGUAGUUGUUACACUAUUUUGUACCAUUGAACAUUUUCGUUGAAUCAUUGUACUUUAUGUGUUUGGUGGAUCUUAUCA